UCUCACUCUGUCCAUUCAUUGGCUGUUUUUUAAGCCGUAUGAAUGGGCAUUUUUGACAGAUGUAUUUUGUUUUGAGUCACAGUGACACAGCAACAGCUGACUAGCAUGUUUGUUAAGAGCUUCGUUACGGUCGUGACUCGUGAAUUUGUCUCAAUUAUUAGAUAUUCGUUGUAAUUAAGCUUAGCUACUAUAUGACUUUUUAUUUUGCCCAACAUAAGGCAUUUCGGACUAUUUGUGUUUUUCUAUUUGCGGAACCAGAACGAAAUAUAAUAACUUAACUAGUUACGUUAGAUAACACUAGUCGGAUAACUAGCUAGAUAAUAAUAGCUAGCUAGUUCGUACACAUUGAAGACAACACAGCACUCAACCUAAUUUUACACCACCAAGCUGAAUUAUGGAUCCAAAUAACACAUCGUACGCUGUGAAACUGUACGUUUACGAUAUAUCUAAAGGAAUGGCUCGCCAGCUGAGCCCCCUCAUGCUAGGUAAACAGCUUGAUGGAAUAUGGCACACUGCUAUUGUUGUACAUGGAGAGGAGUUUUUCUAUGGGGGAGAUGGCAUCACAAACUGCCCACCUGGCGGAACGUCCCUGGGACAACCCAACUCCAUAAUAGACCUGGGCACCACAGAGGUGACUGAGGAGAUCUUUAUGGAGUACCUGUCUUCACUGGGAGAGUCCACGUACAGGGGGAACCAAUACCAUCUGUUUGAGUGGAACUGUAACACGUUCAGUAACGAAGUGGCCCAGUUCCUCACUGGCAGCAAGAUCCCCGGCCACAUCACAGACCUGCCGGCUGAAGUGCUCUCCACGCCUUUCGGCCAGGCGCUACGCCCUCUACUGGACUCCAUCAAUAUUGCACCUCAGGGGGGCAACACCUUCAAUGGACACUAUGGCCAGAGAUAGACCAGAGAUAGACCAGAGAUAGACCAGAGAUAGACCAGAGAUAGACCAGAGAUAGACCAGAGAUAGACCAGAGAUAGACCAGAGAUAGACCAGAGAUAGACCAGAGAUAGACCAAUAACACAGGUGCACAGAGUAAUAUAUUGGGUGGGAGAUCUGCAGCUCACCUUUUGUGAGUCCCUUAGGCUGCGUUUACACAGGCAGCCCAAUUCUGAUAUUUUUUUUCACUAAUUAGUCUUUUGACCAAUCAGAUCAGCUCUGAAAAAGAUCUGGUGGGAAACGAUCUGAUGUGAUUGGUCAAAAGACCAAUUAGUGACAAAAAGAUCAGAAAUGGACAGCCUGAUGUAUGUCAGUCAGUGGGCCAGGCAGAAACCUAACCCUACCUGACCUCUUUAAUACCUUAACACCAACCCAGCCUGGCACACACCAUCCCCAGCCGUAACUUGAUUAUACCUAAUUCUCCCCUUUUCCACUAUAAAGUUGGCCUGAUCCGUGCCUGUAUUUUAGUAUGUCCACGGUUAUCAAGAUGGCCGUAAGUAUAUAAUUAGAUGGAGCUUUCUUCUACUCUCCGUAGGAUCCCAUGAUCGGCUGAAUGUAAAACUAGAGAGCUGCAAGGUUUUUCUCUAGAAAGUGCAGCUCUUUCCUACACGGGUGGGGGUAGGGUACCUUUUACAUACCUUCUAUGUUUUACUAAAUAAGUAUUAAGCUAUUUUACUGUUAUAUUGUUUUGUGUUCUUUUUUAAUUACCAUGAUGUGACUGGGUUGCCACUAGAGGGAGAGAAGGAAAGGAAAAGAGAAACAGCUAAAGUGGUGAUAAAAUCUAGACAAAUUCUGACUUGCACUUGUCUUUGUAUUGGGAACUUGCGUAUUCACAUGUCUUCUACCAACUGUCUUGUCAAGGUUUAUCCAUCCCUUGAAUACAUCGUCACACACUCUCAGGGUCAUCAUGCGUAUGAUGACCUCAAAGUACUGAAUGUGUGAUAAAAAAAAAAAAUAUAUAUAUAUAUAUAUAUAUAUAUAUAUAUUUUUAUAACUAAAGAAACCACAACCGAUCGUUUCAAAUCGGAACAAAUUAGUCAUAAUGGGCAGAACAAGCAAGGAGGUGGGCUGAGCCAGUUACAAGCUAGCGAGAUCCUUUUGGCGCGUUCUAGCAUACAUUCGCAUAUGUCUGCUUGGGAACACCUACUCUGUGAAGUGCGCGUUUGCAAUAACUCAAUUCGCUUUUGCACUCAAACAGUGCCAUUUUUAAACAACUUUAGCAAAGGGUAAAUUCUAGGAAACUUAGUCCACUCUGUUCAUAACAGAUUAAAGUUUUGGCAACAGAACUGUAUUGAGAUUAAAUGUUUCAUCGAUAAGCAGAAUCUCGGCCAAAAUCCAUCUCAUUCCAUCUCCCGCUGCUGGCCACUGGACUUCCUCCCACUGGAAACGCUAAGCCAGGGGUGUCAAACUCAUUCCCUGGAGGGCCUAGUGUGUGCAGGUUUUUGGUUUUUCCUUUCAAUAAAGCCCUAGACAACCAGGUGUGGGGAGUUCCUAACUAAUUAGUGAUGUUAAUUCAUCAAUCAAGUACAAGGGAGGAGCGAAAACCCGCAGACACUCGGCCCCCCGUGGAAUGAGUUUGACACCUGUGCGCUAAGCGGAUGCUUCACAUUUAUACAGUCGGUGAAAUAUCUGGCUCAUUGUUCUAUCUGUGUCUGGAUCUUUCCAGAGUUUGUAUUCUCAUACAUUUUCAAAUGAGCAGGAAUAAACCAUAUACAGGAAUUCUCUAAGAUUGAAA